UCGCGGAACGUGCAAACAACGGUGCGCGGACGCGGGAGUUCGCCGUUCCUUCCUUGGGAGGCCGCCGGAUGCACGAGUUUAGACGAGGAGGCGGAAGGUGAGGGUACUAUGAGCCUAACGAAACGCAUAGACGAGAUCAGGUUGCUCGAAUCACGUAAGAGCGCACGACUCGCCGAUCAGGAUACGGAUUUCGCCAGGCUCGCCGAUAUGGCUGGCGAUCGUAAGCGAGCGUCCUCCCACUCUAUCGACGUGCCACACGUGAUGGCAUCCAGGAAACGACGGCCAAGCUCGAACAAUGAUUCCGAACGGACAUACAGCGGUUGGGGCGAGAGGGUGCUCUGCGGACGUGAGGGUUGUCGCACCAACGAACGCGGUGAUUGCAUGGACGAAUGCGCGGCCGCCUUGGUCCUUAUGUCGCUCUCGUGCUCACCUCACAGUCCUCACAACCCCCCGCCACUUCACUGCCAAUACAAUUACGGUUCUUGGGGGAGUCGUGGAGGCGGAGGCGGCGGCAUGAUCGCCGGCUCACCGGGAGUCGGCGGUAUGUCAAAUAGCAGUAGCAGCAGCGGGGCUUCCUGGCGAAGCGGCACUCCCAGUCCACCCCUCAGCGAGGAGGGCGUACCGACAAGGAGUUCCCCGUGUCCGGCGACCUCGCAUCCCUCGCACAAUCAGCCGCACUACCCCUACAACGCGUCCGGCUCGUCGUCGAGCAGCACCCCCGGCUCGACCACGUUGGACGAGGGAAUAGUGCCCGACUAUAUCGAGGAACAGCACCCACGUAAGAAGAUUCGAGCGAAAGUCAACCAGGACCCGAUCGAGACGGAGCCAGGCGCUUGCGCGACUUUCGAAAGCGAACAGGCGAAUGCGGCAGUGGUCUUCAAGUGCACUUGGCCGGGCUGCCUGGAAAUCAAAGCGACCGUCCCGCUUAUUGAGGAACAUGUGCGCCAGUCACAUCUGGGUCCAAAGAAGUCCAAGGGAUGCGACAGCGAGGACGAUAUGUCCGUUCACGAAGAGGAAUUCUAUUAUCAGGAAGUUGCUGUGGAUCACAUGAGCUCACCUCCCACGAUGUCUCACCGGGACAUGGCGAGACCGCCGCACGAGGAUCCGGAGUAUCAGAAGCAGCUUCGUCUCGAGACGACACCUGCCGCGAGUAACUACAUCGAGAACGUAAUGGUCGGUGUCAGGGAACCGAGCAACACGUUUACGAUCUCGCAAUCGCCGGGUACUCCUAAUAAACACAUCAAACUGUCCCCACGGCCAUUGCAGGCGUGUCAUCAACAGAACAUGACAGCGUCCACGGGCAAGCCGUCCUCCCCGCGGCGAACUCGCAGCGAUGUUAAGAAAUGUCGCAAGAUCUACGGUAUGGAUUCACGCGACCUCUGGUGCACUCAGUGCAGGUGGAAGAAGGCCUGCACCCGUUUCUGCAGCGAAUAGGCCAAGCGUCCGCCCCGUUCGUACGUCCGUGGGCGGAAACCCUUGUCAAGUCGACCCCAGAGUUUGCCAAUGCUACGUUGAACGUUAACACCAACUGCCAAAUGCCAAUCAUCGUCGAAGACGCGGCGUCGAGAAAAAAAGCUCCCGCAUUCGCGGAGCACACCGAGACCGCGAGACCGCCAAUUAUCGCCGGUUAUCGCAGCGAAAACUGUUACCCUACGAAUUAUUCCAGCAUGGGUAUACCGGAACUUUUCGUGAAAAAGUAAAAUGCAAAGCUCAUAAAAGCAGCAUUUCUUCCUCUUCUCUCUGUUUCCCGUCGAUGAAACGGCAUGCACGAGUUUCGGAGAGAAUUACAUCACUCUACGGUUACGGUUGGCGGGUAGCUCUAUAGGGCCGAUAUUCGUGCAUGAUAUAACACCUUUCUAGUGCUCAUAGAGGAAGUUAACGACGUAAGAUUUAUCUGAACGAUUUCCGCCCGUUCGUGUUUUGCACUUGGCAAACUCCGACCGGGUCCCUUAGCCGUAACGAGGGACUUUUCGAUUAAUAGAUAGCAAAUAAUUGGCGUGCGGAGUGAUGCGACCUCAGACGGUUGCAUUCUCUCGCUCCCAACUCGUCUGACGAAGAGAACCUUUUGGUUCGGUACGAAUGAGAUACGCACUCGCACUCGGAACGAGCAUGCAUGUCCUUUCGAAAUGCUGAUUCCCGAACCGUCUCUUAGGUCAUUGCAAUAGAUCUUCCUUCUUCCGCCAAGAGCGCAAACGUUAAUGCGCUCUCGGUAAUGAUGGAACUAAAGGCGUUAAGAUCUCGAUCCUCAGGGACGUCGUUCAGCCGAUCCCUGGAGAAUGAGCGAUCGAAUCUGACGGACGAAGGAAAGACCGGCGGAAUUCGAUGUUUGGUCUGACCGAUGUUCAAUGCUAAAUGAACGCAGACAAGCAAGAUUGAACUCGCGUGGAACAGAGCUGCUAAUUGUGAUAUUGUAUCUAAAUUUAUUGGAUCUGCCGCGAAUCGAGCAGGAGAGCGCAAAGGCGUGUGAAGAAAUGAGAGAAGGAAAGAUUAAAAAAAAAAAAGAGGAAACCAAAAUUUUAUACACCAAUUAUACUGCCA